CCUUCUCCCUUCUCUCACAACACAUAAUUUGUUUUUUCUCUAAGCACAUUUUUGAAUUUCUUAAGGUUUUUGCCCCUACCAUAUCCCAUUUUCUUUCUAUAGCUAACUAGAUAUAUUUUUAUAUAGAGCUAAAAUGGGUGAUAACAGUGGGGAUCUAGGUGCAGUUGUAAGAAACUGCAACAUUAAUAGACUUAACAACGUUGUAGUUCCUAGUUUAGGCAUAAAGUCUCAGACUUUUGAAAAUGAUGUUGAUUGGAAUUUUUUUGACAAUCUUUUAGAUGAUGACCGUGAUGGCAUACCUUUCAAAGGAUUAGCUGAAUUUAUUUCUAGGGAUUUGCCAACUGCUCACGAGCAAAAACCAGAUGAUCAAUCUUCUUCAAUCAUCAACCCCACAACUCCCAAUCCUAUUCAGCCAGCUCAGUUUAGCAAACCAAUAAUUCGUCUUCCCCCUCCUUCACCACCACUAGCAUUGCGUGUGCCAGUAGCAACGAUACCGUGUGUGCCAGCAGCAACCCCAUAUCAAUUGAUUAAUCCACAGCAACAAGUCGUGAUGCAUGCUAAAGUUCAUCCUACUUUUACUGUGCCCAGUAGAAAUGCUCUGAUCCAGACUCGUAGAAGGUAGUAUUCCCUCCUUCUCAUCAUUUUAUGUGAAAUAAAUUUUAAGAUCAAAUGAGUCACCUUGGCAUCACAGGAAAAAUCAGUCGGAAAAGAUAGUAAUCUAUGAAUUGAGACAAGAAGAACUUGUGGAUGAUACAUGGGCAUGGCGUAAGUACGGUCAAAAGACAAUAAGAACUUCUCCAUUCCCGAGGAACUAUUAUAGGUGUAGUACCUCAAAAAGCUGCAGAGCAAAGAAGCACAUUGAGAGAAGCCCAAAGGCUGAAAAACUUUUCAUCGUGGCCUAUUCUGGUGAACACAACCAUUCUCCGCCGCCCACUACCGAUCAUAGUUAUCUCUCUGGGCGCUGGACCCGCGGUGCCAAAUCUAAGCUUCCAAAAGGCAUAAAUAUUGUGCCUAGAGCAUUAAAUUUAAAUUCAUCCUCCUCUAAUCGCUCUCGACGAUGUUCAAAUGUCUCUCCAAUUAGCUUACCUACUCCUACACUUGAAAUCAAGAGUGCAUCCGCAAAUAAAAACGAAAUGGUGUUGGCGGAGAGAAGAGGUGACGAAGAGGAUAUAGUUGUUUUGAUUCCUAACAAAUUAGCGAGUGAAGAUAUUAUCAGGAACUUUGAAGAACUCAAAGGAAUUACUUGUAACAAAUGUGCCAGCUCCAUAAUGGGAUAAAAGGGACAGAGGGAACUGAGGAUAUUCAUAUAUCAUUUUUUUUUCCCUCCACCAAUUUUAUCAAACUAUUUGCUUUUGUUUUUCUGGUGUUGCUUCUAUUUUAGCUUUACUGCUUGCGACAGUUGUGUAGUUUUCAUCAGUUUAACGAUGUACAUCGUAGAAAAUGGUUUCUCUUGCUAGCUAGCUAGCAAGAUGUGGACCAUUUUCAGUUAUGCUAUUCUCCAAUGUGGCAAU